AUGGCUGCAGGAUCUGGCCCUCCUCCUCACUUUGUCCUUGCUUUGGUCAUCCUGGUCCUGCAAUGGCCGGAGGGAGCUGUCACCUUCCACUCCAUGCCCCUCUCCAGCCUUUUUGCCAACGCAGUCCUGCGCGCUCAACACCUGCACUUGCUCGCUGCUGAUAUUUUCAAAGAGUUUGAACGGUCCUACAUCCCAGAAGACCAGCGGAAUUCCAACAAGAACUCCCAGUCGGCCGUCUGCUACUCUGAAAACAUCCCAGCACCCACGGGGAAGGACGAUGCCCAGCAAAAGUCGGACAUGGAACUGCUCAGGUUUUCACUCACCCUCAUUCAGUCAUGGCUCACUCCAGUGCGGUUCUUAAGCAGGGUGUUCAUCACUAACAAUCUUGUCUUCGGGACUUCAGACAGAGUCUAUGAAAAACUCCAAGACUUGGAAGAAGGUAUUCGGGUCCUCAUGCAGGAGUUGGGGGAUGGAAACUCCCGGGGCCUUCAUCUCCUCAUGCACAGCUAUGACAAGUUUGAUGCCAGCCCCCAGAACGAAGCCUCUCUGAUGAAGAACUAUGGUCUCCUGUCCUGCUUCAAGAAGGACUUGCACAAAGUGGAGACCUACCUGAAAGUCAUGAAAUGUCGGCGUUUUGGGGAAAUUAACUGCACCUUCUGAGGGCAAACAAAAGACCCCUCUGCCCAGGUGUUACUUUUCACGCCAUUCUCCAAGGUCGGGUGAAGUUGGUGUGCUGCUGAGACCACCUCCCGCUGCGAUCUCCUGCAAGUAAGGAAAUCCUGAGCCAAACGGAGAGCAGAGCAUUCUGCCUUUUGUAGCUCCGCUGCUUGUAAGACACCUCGGUCUGCCCCCUUUGUGCUUGGA